UACGUAAAGCAAGAUGGCCGCUGCCUGUGUCCGGGCCGUCUAUAAGGUCGGGUGGACUCUGCUGGAGUCUCCCGCGGUCCGCCGACCCGCGUUUGCCCUCAACUUCACUGGCAAUGCAGGAACUUUAUUAUCUCGCAGAGGCUUCGGUACCGGUGCUUCCGGGUCGUCAGCCCAACUCCUUAAGUCCAUGCGUGGAGGAGGACGCAGAGUUUUGGGCUGUGUGGUUCUGUUCGGUGGAGGACUGGGCUUCUAUCAGGCGGCCCGGUGGUCCGUCCAUCAGCAGCGGGUUCUGGCUCAGGACCGUCAGGGGUCCAGUGGUGCCUCCCUGAAGCUGGUCCUGUACCAGUACAAGACGUGUCCGUUCUGCAGUAAAGUGCGAGCGUUCCUGGACUACCAUGGGCUGAACUACGACAUCGUGGAGGUGAACCCGGUGAUGCGGCAGGAGAUCAAGUGGUCCGAGUACCGGAAGGUUCCCAUCCUGAUGGUGCAGGAGGACGUGCAACUCAACGACUCGUCCGUCAUCAUCAGUGCCCUUAAGACUCUCCUGGUCACCAAGGACAAGAGCGUCAGCGACAUCGUCCGCUGUUACCCCGAGAUCAAGUCGGUCAACGACAGCGGCAAGAAGGUGACAGAGUACAGCAACAAGUACUGGCUGAUGCUCAGCGAGGAGGAGACCAAGAGGCUGUACCCCGAGAAGGACUCGCAGAAAGAGGAGAUGAAGUGGCGGAAGUGGGCCGACGACUGGCUGGUCCACCUCAUCUCCCCGAACGUGUACAGAACCACCGGUGAGGCCCUGGCCUCCUUCGACUACAUUGUGCGCGAGGGCAAGUUCGGCUCCUUCGAGGGCUUCUUCGCCAAAUACGUCGGUGCCGCCGCCAUGUUCAUCAUCGCCAAGAGGCUAAAGAACCGCCACAACCUGCAGGACGACGUGCGUCAGGACCUCUACAAGGCAGUCAAUGACUGGGUCGCUGCCAUUGGAAAGAAGAGGAAGUUCAUGGGAGGAGACCAGCCCAAUCUCGCUGACUUGGCCGUGUUCGGAGUCCUCCGAGUGAUGGAGGGGCUUCAGGCUUUUGACGACAUGAUGGCUAACACCAAAGUCAAGUCCUGGUACCACCGUGUGGAGCGGGCCAUGCUCAACCACGCCGGCCAACAGUGAGCCGACCAUCGGCUCUGAUAGACUGCAACGAUUCCGAACUCUGGGAUUCAGUUCCUAAAGACUAGUUUCCCUCUCAAUGAUUCAACUUUUCUGCUGUGAUGAAGACUCGCGACGGUUAGUGCGACCUUGUGGUGGCAGGUGGAACCUGCGACCGCAUUCCAACUUCAGUUUAAUAAAACAUGUAGAUUGUGGGUCUGGUGGAGGUUCCGCUUCCAGGUGUGACUCAGCAGGUGACUCCAACGACGAUUAAAAUGUGAUUGUGAUGCUGAGUCGGCAGUUUUGUUGUCGUCAACGACGAGCCUCAUCAAGAUGCAAUCGAACAAAUGUAUCACGAAUCUCCUGUCAAUUAAGUGGACCACAAGUCACAGCUUCCUGAAUUAUUCUUCAAAUGUGUCAACCAGUCAUAGUUUUACCUUUAAUGACCAUUUUUUUACACAAGAACUUUCCCACAAUUUUAACUGAAUAGAGAGAAUUUGUCGCAUAUUAACGUACAGCUUGUCCGUCUAAAAAAAUAAAGCUUCAACAUCACGCCACUCGGGGGAGCUGGCGGACCUGACACUUCUGAAUGAAGAUCACAGGCUAUUCUGUCUUACUUGACUUCAUCAUCGUUGACAUGGAGUCAGCGUUUUUCUGGAGUCGUAAAAGCACCUGAAGGCGGCGAUGAAAGGAAACAUGGGAGCUCAAGCAUGAACAUUUUAUUUCCUCCCAUGAUUCUGAAGAGAAACAACUCAGCAGCUCAUCACAUUGUUUUGAAAACCUUAAUCUGCUGAGAAACUGCUGACUCACGCUGAAAAGCGGACACAAAUCUUCAUCCACAAAAGUAUGAAAUGGCAUCAGCCAAAAAUGUUCAUGUCCAGGUUGACCCAAAAUGGUUCCUAAACAUUUCAUGUCUGUUGCCAUUGCAGCAACUCACAGAGUGAAAAAAUAGAGCUCUGUUAUAAGUCUGUAAGAUCCUAAAAUAAAUAUCUCCUGACGGACAGCAGCGGUUCAGGUCCACUCCAGUGACGGGCCUCAGGUCCUCCAGAACUCAGGGCCCAGCAGACCUUUUGGGGGUCGGAUCUGUCGAUUGCGCAGCGACGUCUGCACCCAAGGAAAAUGAAACGCAUUAGUAGGGAUUCUGUAAGAAAUCCUUGUUUGAUCCAGUUACCUCCAAAAACUGUUUGAGCCUCAUGACCGAGCCCAUCUGACCGCUGCUGGUCACUGCCUCGAUCCUGCGCACACACACACAGGGUUAACAGCUCUAUUGCUCCGUCUGUGACACUGCUGCUGAACAAGAGUGUGUUACGAGUUACAACUGUUCGACUGUGUUGCUACAGGUGUUUACAUGAAGUGAUACACGAAUCAAUGUUUCCAUGUGCAAAAGUGUGUAUGCAUCUGUGAGUAUACUUGUAUAGUAGUCCAUUUUUUUGCUAGUCCCCACAAGGUUAAACCUCUAUUUGAGGACUACACUUCAAAAUAAC